CCGUCCAGACUUCGUAGUGUGUGUACGCGUCGCUUCCUCGCUAGCUGGUCAGGAUGAAGGACAAUGAGCGGGGUAGAGCAGCGGCGUCACCAUGACAGGAAGGUGGUGGACGUGGCUAGUGGCAGCCAUCCUCACCCUCCCGCGGCCCGCCCCUGCCUACAAACCCCUUUCCACGCCCUUCUCCCUGCCACCGAGGACACAUACGCCUUUCCCCAAAUCCACAACGACACCCACGCCUUCUUUCUCAACCCCAGAAGCGUCAUUUACAUCCUACCGGGACGAUGACGUCAAUUAUAGAGAGUAUGAAUUUGAUACAAGCAGUGAGGCUACCGCAGGAGGGGACGCGGGGGCCUCAGUAGGUUCAACAUUUCACCCCAAGGAAAUUGACGGCCAGGAGGUGUUGGUGUAUAGAGGUACUGGGAGAAACGACCCUGGGAUGAAUUUUUCCUGGGAUAGCUUCAGAACAACGAAGGUCAAUAUCAUAAGGGUUCCCAAUGCUGCUGAAGAUAUCAAGCUCAGUGUGACGCAAGUUGAUCUCAAACCAGAAGAGGAGGAAGACGAGAAUGACUUAGAAUUUACUGAUAAACUGAAGGAUUAUCAUGGAGAGGAUCAUCAGGAGUUUGAGAACAAAACUCAGGAGAAUACUACGAGUGCCCAUAACAUCAUCUCCGGGGCCCCGACAACACCGGAUGUAAGCCAAACGAUUCAUCUACUUACCGAAGGACCCGUCACGGACUCUUCACAAGUGUCUGAUCCUUCCUCUAGUAGCAGCUUAGUGACCACCUCCCAUGCAGCCACGAGUACAGGAAGCCAAACUGUGUGGUCACCGGAGAGCACAACGCCAGAGCUGCCGAAACCAAGGAUCCCUUUGUGUCACCCACAGAGUCGCAAUAAAACCUCGGUCCUCACACACCCCCGACAGUCUUCUGCUGCCUACCUUCCCCUCGCUACUGGCAGGUGCAGUGAACCACAGCUACAAGCAGUCGUUUAUGGUAUUACUGUAAAUAUAACGUGUGAAUCCGAGAGCAUCAUGAAACUUACAUUUACCAACAACAGGAAAAUAGUGUAUACAGGAAAUCAGUUGUAUUUUUCGUGGGAUCAUGUGACAGUAAAAAAUUUCUGUGUUGAAAGUAGUUCUGGGAAUAGUAGUGAUCUUUGGGCUGUGUUUUGCUACACCCGCCCGUCAGUGACAGUGACUGAGCGUUGCACUGGAGCGGCGUGUUUCAAAAAGUGCUGUCCAGAGGGUCAUGUUCUUUAUAAUGGUUUAUGUGUUUGUCACGAGGCGUCAUCACCGAUCUCCGAGACUAUUCACGAACUUUUGGGAGAAAAUAACCAAUCAUCAAGGGACGAAAAUACACAAAGACAGGUACAGUUUGGUCUCCCACACUGUCCCAACCCUGAGGUCAUCACAGCACACAACGUCUCCGUCUCCACAAGUGACGUCAGAUUUCUUGCGAACAAUUCUUUGAUCAUGAUGGAUCCCAACCCUGACCUUGACUACUGCGUCGACGAGUACCUGGAGGAGGAGGACGAGGAGGAGAGAGGAAGGAGCCAAUUUACAAGGACCUUAGUUAUGGUGUGCGAGAGUCAACCACCUCAGCAGCAGUCGACGUGGACGGUGGUACGCGGGGUCCUGAUACCUGCCGGGUUGGUGGUGUCGUGUGUGUUCCUAGCGGCGACGUUGUUGUGUCAUCUGUGUGUGGCGCCCCUGAGAGACCUACACGGCCUCUGUCUCGCUGCCUACGUCGCCGCUCUCCUGGUGGCCGAUGCGACGCUCUUCCUGACGCAGGCCUUCUCUCAGUACCUGCCUCCCUCCGCCUGCGUUUCCGUCGCUGUUAUCCUACACGUGGCCUUCCUCUCCACCUUCUUUUGGCUCAACGUCAUCUGCUACGACGUCUGGAAGUAUGUGGGGCUGACGAUGCAGGCGGUGCCCUUAUAUCGUUCCCCUGACGACUUCCGACGCUUCUUCGCCUACGCCGUCUAUGCCUGGGGGUCGCCGCUGGUCAUUGGAGGCGUGGCUGUCGUGAUUCACUCCCUCCCGCAGCACAUUGACUGGCUUCUCAAACCUGACUUUGUUCAUAACAGGUGUUGGUUCAGAGAAGGGAAAGAGAUCCUGGCUUACUUCUACGGUCCCAUGGGUAUCCUGUGCCUGGCCAACACCCUCUUCAUCUCCCACACGUGUCUCCUCCUCUACUGCGCCGACAGGAAAUGUGACUGUAUCUUCGGGAGGUGCAGGAGUCCUGAUCACACACUCUACCGUACACAUAUGGCUGAGUUCUGGCAGCGGUUCACCUUGUUCGCCUUGAUGGUUGUGUGUUGGGUGAUGGAGGUUGUGUCGUGGAUGGUCGGCCCCGCGGACUCCGAACUCUGGGCGCUGACAGACACCCUCAACACCUUCCAAGGAGUGUUUAUAUUCAUGACGUUUCUGAGGAGCAACAAGAAGCGUCGGCUGGUGCAGGAGACACUGGCGCGUUGGUCUGGUUCCAUUGGUCGCCGCACACCACCACGCCUCUCAUCCAGCGUCACUCCCAGCCGUGUGUUACAUCGGCUGAGGAACUCCACUUUCUUGGCGCCCUUCGUCAGGUGGUGUUCUAGGUUAUCGAGUAGAACAUCACAUCUGACAAGCAAACAAGUCCUCGACAACAUCAUCUUCAAGGGUAAAAUGCAGACUUCUCAGGGUUUUAAUAAAGAGAUUGACGAGGACGAUUCGACUGACAUGGAGAGUGACGCCAGGCGAAGUGUGUGUGGCGAAGAACACAUCAACAAGAGCUUCAGUCCCAUCUGGACGCUGCCACACUGGAAGUCUCCCUGGUCUAAUACUUACUUCCCCAACGUCCUUAGCACCGUCGACCACAGCAGGAGCAAUGUACAGAGGGAGGAACUCGUGUGUGAGAACUUCACAGACUCAGUGAGCGUGUACUCCACCAACGAGCAGGAGUUGGGUAUUCCCAACACGGCCUUAGAUCAGGUCCCCACCUUCGCCAACUGGAGCCUCCUGCGACACAAGACAGGUUCCUUGACUCUGGCUGCUGGUGAUGAACCUCAGACAGCUGGCAACGAGGUGGUAUGUCACGGCCUCACAAGGAAAGAAUCCUUCAGGAAGAAAUAGUCUAGAGUUUGUAUGUCCAUUCCUUCCAAGAUGAGGAUAAAUUGAUCACGUUCCAUUUCGUUGAAGACUGGUGCACCUUUUUAUUUUUCACUUCACUGUGUCUUGGGUAGAGUUGAAAGAUACAUAUUACACUCUCUUAAAUUUCCAUUACCACAAGGUGAUCAACUGUAGGUAUGAUGGGUGAUGGCAGCCUCCAGUCUUAAGAGCUGCUUCUUUAACUUAUAAACCAACAACACAGACUUAUUUUCAUUUACUAACAACAACAACACACUGUAUACGAGAAGCAACAGGCCAACAGCACAGUAGUUUAGAACUUUAGAUGUAUGAAAUAGUACCUUUAUGUUGUACUGUACCACAGCCUAGUGCAUAGUAGUCACCCCGGAGCCUCCAUGACACGGUAUAGUACACUAUGUAGCCUUGUGUUACAGUACAGUUCUAUGCGAUAUUACUGUGUGUCCACUUCAGGAUUUCUUUGUCAUGUUCGUCUUCAAUCAAUUUAUCAAAAUAUUUUAUGUAUUAAGAACUGUAUUAAUUUUGUAUGUAGGAAUACAUUAUUGGAUUUAUACAACACUCACUGUAUCUACUGUAUUGAAUUUCCCUGUUGUCAUAGUUCUGUAGUAGUGUUGUGUCAAGGUUGUUAGGUUCUUGGCAACACUGUAUUGAGUUUCCUGUGACGUCACGUGACUUACAGUAUCAAGUGUCGCUCAUUUUGGAGAUGAAGACUAGUUAGUGAGGUUAUUGUUCAUUAGUACUUAAUUAAAUCCUUGAAUAAUGAUAAUAUGCUGUGUUGUUAUCGACUGAUCAAACACUUGUGGAAAAUAUUUUAUCAUUCGGUUCUUCAAUCGAUCUUAUAAACAUGUGUUACUAAUGAGACUAAAACUAUCUUACCUCCUCUCUACGUCUAAGCUAUCACGAAUCUCUAAUACUUUAAAAAGUCUUCCUAGAGCAUUUCAAAACAAAAAAACUAAUCCUGAAAUUUAAAUGUUGUGAAAUACUACGAAAUGGAAAAAACAAUGGUCCUUAUUUCUUUUAGUCUAUCUCCAAUAUGACGCCCGAAUAUGACUACCCGGAUGCCGUGACGUAAUCUAAAAUAGCAAUCUUGAUCGUAUAUAUAAUUCUAAAUACAUAAAACAACUACAAAAGUACAGUAUGUUUGCUUCA